CUGUUUUUUUUCUUCCGCGACAGCUGUCAAAGAUGCUGCGUACUCGUGUCGAGCGGCCUCGUCUCCCGUUACGAGGCAACGUCGUUCGUCGCGAAUCGUCUGUGAUAAGCGCGGAGGCGUGUGUACGUGCAUAAUCGCGAUGCCUCGCGUACCGCGCUAACCCGCGACGAUACGGCGACAGCUGCCGAUUACGCGAGAGGAUAACCUCUCGGUCGCCGUCUUUGUCCGCGAAGCUCGAGCAGGGACCUUUGCCAGAUACAGGCGGAAUCAUCGCGGAACCGUCACGGCCUGAUCAUGGCGUGCCUGCUGUUAAAUCAGGAGAACGUUCAUCUGAAAAUACCCUCGGUCGACACGGUGGACGGGGUCACGUAUUACUGCAUAGAGGUUGCAAUCGCGUCUAUCAAAUGGACCGUCAAGCACAGGUACAGUACGUUUGCAGCACUGCACGAGAACUUUGUCUCCAAGUAUUGCGUCGAGAAGGACAUUUUACCACCAAAAAAGCUCAUAGGCAACAAGUGCGAGGUUUUCGUGGAGAAGCGUAGACAGAGUCUCGAGAUAUAUCUCAACGCUGUUUAUAAUUACCUGAAGAAAGCGAUGCCUAGAGAACUAGCCCUAUUCCUGGAUCUACACGAGUACGACAUAUAUUUUCUGGUGCAAAGCAUGGCGUUGGAAUUUUUUGUAACAGGCGACACUCUGCUACAGUCUUCGACGAGUCACAAGUUCAAUCCUAUACAGCUGUACGCAAUCAGUGAAAGAUUAAAGCAACCGUGCCCAUUGUUAGAAGUUGUGGAUAAAGAAUACGACUUCAGCCACGUUUUGGAUUUUAAUUCUCGUUUAACCAGCCUCACGAUCGAAGGAAGUUCGGAGCCUUACAAAACCAGCAACAUCUAUCCGUCCUCUCUGUCUAUCGAUUUAUCCACCUUCAAAAAUGUGCGGGACCUAACGAUCGAUCGUUACCCAGUCGACAAGAUUUACAACAUGGGAAAUCUUCGGGAUACCGUGACCACGCUGACAGUUACCAACACCAAGCUCAGGAAUAUCGUUGAACUGGCCAUGUGCGAGGAGGUUCACAAGAAUAUCGAGAACGCUAAUGACUCUCACGUAUGGAUGAAAGUGACGCACUUGAACCUCAGUGACAAUCGCAUAGAAGUUAUAGACGAGGCGAUUAAACUGUUGCCGCACAUAGAAUGCUUGACGCUGAACAACAAUCACUUGUCCGAGAUCUCCAACGCGACGCUGUUGCCGAGAUUGUCUCAAUUAUACCUAGCAUCAAACAAUUUUACCAGUUUGCCGGACGAUCUCCAUACGAGACUCGGAUACAUCGUUUACAUCGACUUGUCGCAAAACAAACUCACGUCGCUCACCAGCUUCUCGAAACUGUAUUCGUUGGAAGGCUUAGAUGUGAGUUGUAAUCGUAUCGAGAAAAUUGAGGAGGUGAAACACAUCGGUCACCUGCCCUGCCUAGAAAACCUGAGACUAACGGGCAAUCCGGUAUCGACGAUAGUCGACUAUAGAGUAAAGGUACUGGAGCCGUUUGGUAAGAGAGCUGCCGACAUAUGCUUGGACAACGAAAAACCAAAUCAAAAGGAACUCGAUACCGUAUCGGUUCAUCAAGCUUUGCGCAUCGCGAGAGAAGGUAAAUCACCAUCGUUCACUGCGUCUGACGCGCCGCUGUUUUCCGCCGAGGUUCCAAGUAUAUAAAAAUUUUAAUCGUGGUUCUCUUCCUCUUAUCGCGACGACCGUGUUACAUAAGGAAUGUAGAUACAAAAAUGUUUUAUACGGUAUGUAGAUUUUAUCAUUACGAGACUGAUCCCUUCCUCUUAGUAAAACAAUGUUUUUGGUCUCGAUUUAUUGUACAUUUGCUAGUUUUAUUCCUACAAUUUAAGUGGAUAAUAUGUAAGAAUGUUUUUUAUUUCUACCAUGAUUCUUCAAAGAACAUACCAAAAGUUUUAUAAAGUCUUCGUGUCAAUCUCAAGUAUAAAUCUGAGAUAAAAAAUCGCUUUUAAAAAUGCAACAAACACUUGCUUUUAAAAGCAAGUAAAACUACACGUAAUCCAUGAUAAAAUUACGUAAAUAUGUCAUCUAAUUAAAUGAAAUUUGUAAAAUUUCCACUAUUUUAUACAUAUCAUGUGCAUAGAUUUUUAUCAAUAGUCUAACAAUGAAUUAACCCGCGCAUCCAUUGUAUUUUAUAUAUAUAAUUACCGUUAUCACUGAUUGAUAUUACGAUCUUGCCGAUUAUUUGUUAGAGUUAGUGCAAAUAAAUCGCAAGUUACAUUUAUUCUGUGAGAUAAUGUUUAAAUCUUUUCAAUUAAAAAAACACAUGUAUAACAAUUUUAUAAUAAUUUAACAUGAAAGAUUCAUCUAUGUAUAAAAAAAUAUUUUGUUAAUAAAGACAAAAGUCUGUGAUAAUAUAUGUAUCUCGUUAUCAAUGUCAUAUUGAAAAAUUUAUAUUAUAUGUAUCUCUCAAACCACUUUAAAUUUAACUUCGAGCAGAAUAUUACUUACCUAUUUAUUGGAAAGGGGGGCAUAAUUAUUCUUACAUAUUAUUUUUUUAUCAUCAGGAACAUAUAAAUCCGUACACUGUUAUAUUUAUGUCAUAGAUUUUUAUUUAAAUUUGUGUUCGCAUUACCUUUAAAUGUUACGUUUUGUCGUAUGUUUUGUGUAUGUGUAUGUAUUUUGUGUUGUGUAUUUGUCGAGUGUAUAUUGCGCAUAUUUCAGAAAUAUUAAAAUAUUCAUAAAUAAUAUCAAUAUAAUGAUCAUAUAUUCUAAGCAUUGUGUUAUAGUCUUUUAACGUACACCUAAACUAACACGUACAUAAAUUAACCGUUACAAACGGUCAUUUUCCCAUUGAUUUAUGAGCUUCAAUUCGUUGAUACGCAAGUGCACAAGUAAGCAAUACAGCUCACAGCUUCUCAAAAAAAGUCUAACUAAAAUACAUUGUUUCAAAAGGUAAUGCACAUUUCUGAAAAAAAAA